GCUUGUGUCUCUGCUUUUCUUUCCCUGGUUGACUUCUCUUGAAAUAGUUUCAAGCCUCCAGAAAAGUUGCAGGAACACAAAGUGCUCCUCCAGGUCCUUUCCCAGAGACGAACACUUAGCCACGUUUGCCUUGGGGUCUCUCUCCGUACGUACACGCGUGUGCUGAUCUCCUAGCCGAACCACCGAGUUACGCUGCAGGCGCGGUGGCCCCGAGCCCAGACACCUAGAGCAGCACCGCCUCUUGCAGACUCGGUCGGAUGAUCGAGGUCAGAAACCUGAACAUCGGCUGCAUCCUGUCACCUCAUAGACAGUUGUCUCUCUUUUGGCCAUUUUAGUAUUAGUUGUUUUUUUUUAAGAUUUUAUUUUUUUGAGAGAGAGCACGAAUGGGAGGGGCAGAGGGAGAGGGAGAAGCAGACUCCCAGCUGAGCAGGAAGCCCCACUCGGGGCUCAAUCCCAGGACCCCGGGAUCAUGACCUGAGCCGAAGGCAGACGCUUCACCCACUGAGCCACCCGGGCACCCCAGCAUUUUUCAGACAAACACAAAAAUACGUCAUGAACUCCCACCUUUCAGCUUCGGCGCCCCUGCCCCAACGGCGUCAUCCCCCUGCGCCCACAGCACGGGGGUGGCUUUUCUGGAGCAUUUUACAGCAAAGUCCUAAGGCCUUCCCCAUAAAUCACUGUCUAAACCCUGGGACGGGUCACCCAUAAGCACACAGUGACGUCGGGGUGCACUGCGCACGGCGUGUCUACUAGGCUGUGAUGUGUGAGCUGCUCAGAGUGGCCAGUGGGGGUCCUGGGUGUGUUCGUGAGCCUGACCUCAGGGCUGCAGACCCCUGGGCCGGAGACCCAGCCUGAGGAGGGUUGGGAGAGACAGAGGUAAGGUCUGUGCCACCCCUUGCUUAGCCCCCACCCCCAACCCCGGGAAGCCCUGUAGUUGAAAAUGUUGUGGCUGUGGGGUCCAAAGUGCUGGGUUUGAACCCCGAACCCACCUCUUGCUACCCAUACAACCUCGUGCAAAUUAACUAACCUCCCUGUGCCUCUGUUUCCCCCUCUGUGGAAUGGGGAUGGGGAUGGUCCCAACGUUUCAGGGCUGUUGUGAGCACUAACUGACCAGGAAUCUCGGUCCAGGGGCUCUGACAGGCACACAGUGAACGCUCAAGAGAGAACACGUGUUACUCCCACAGGCCUGGCCUCGGGCUCUCUCUUUCUCCAGCCUGGCCCUUGCUCUUCCCCCUGAAGAAGGAGACCCUGUCCUAGGCAUCGCAUCCUGCACAUUAUUAGAAUCCCCUGGGGAGCUUUUAAAAAAUCUCAAGACCGGGCCCACACCCCAGGCCAGUUACCCCAGAAUCUCUGGGGUGGGACCCAGGUGUCUGCGUUAAGUGCCCUGGGCGAAUCCCCUGUCUUGUAGGAGGCAAUGCUCAGCGCCUCUGCAGCAGUAAUGAGCAUCCCCUGGGUCUUGUUGAGAUGCAGCUCCCGAGCCUGCGGGCAGGGUGGGGCCUGAGAGCACGCAUCUCUCACAAGCUCGGCCGUGGAGAAAGGCCCCAGCUGGAAGCCACUACCUGGCUGCCCUCUGUGGCUGUUAUAAAUAAUAGCACUGGACACUUCUCGGGCUUGAGCUCUGUGCCCUCCUGGUAACUCAGUCUUCCAUGCUGCUCAGUGAGUCCGCCAAGAGCAUCACCCCCAUUUUAAAGAUGAGGAAAGUGAAGUCUUGGUUGAGGAACCGUCCCCUGCGGUCACCUGGCUGAGCCAGGCUCUGGUCCAGCCAGGAGGACACACAGCUCCAGGGCCUGCCGGCAAGUUAAGAGAUAUUCCACCACUGUCUAUCUCUCUCCUGGCCUGUCUCUCUCCCUCCCACUCGCUCGUGCUCUCCGCUUCGUCUCCAAGCCCCCCAGCCUGUCUCCAGGCCCCCUUCCUUCCUACCUGUCCCACAAACCCAACCUGGAUAAAACGGAAGCCCUCACCCUGGGUUUCUCCAAGCCAGCCCCUCCUGGUCCCACCAUCUCCUGCGCCUGCAUGUCUCCCAGACUCCCAGCUGCUCCUCCACACCCUCAUUGUCCCCCCCACCGCACCACCCCCCCGAAACCCCCGUCUUCCAUCCUAAGGCUCCACAGUUUCUGACCCAGAGCGAGCUUCUCCGCCCUUAACAGGCACAUGGCUCCCAGGGGGCCUUGUUAAAAAUACCGAUUCUGGCUCAGUGCAUCUGGGUGUCCUGAGAUGCUGCAUUGCUAACGAGCCCCCAGGGGGGCCAAGGCUGCUGGUCCAGCAGCACAGCGUGUGUAGUGAGCGCCUGGGGGACCCCAGCAUUUCCUAGCCAAAGAUGCCGGCCUCUGGGCAGGACGGGAUGACGGGUUUCAGAGCAAAACGCGGGGCCCCUCUCGUGGCCACCCUCCACGCCUCUCCCCGCCCCCAGCCUGGCACACAGGCAGCUCCCUGUGAAUGGAGGGAUGAGCCUCCCCUUCCCCAGAAGGGCCUGCAGAGCCUCACAGGCCCCAGACCGAGGUCGGGGCAGCCCCAGGGCUGGAACCCCAGCUCCCUGAGCCUGAUUUCCCCGUCUGUGAGUGGGAACGGUAGUAGCACAUCCCGGGACUGUCGCUGAGGAUUGUCCCGAGCACACAGGUGCUGCCUGUUUUAUUCAUCACUCAGAACGCUAAGGACGCAUCCCAUUGCUGGCCGACGGGGGGAACAGUGAGACAAUUUUAACUCCCUUGGACUGAGGCUAGGUGCCUUUAAUCUGUUAGAUCUCCAAAGACCGUGCCUCUAACAAGCGGAGCCCAUCAUGGUGGCCUCAGGGCCACCGGCCCCACAGCCUGGCCGAGGAUCCUCACAUCCUCCUGCUCCUGCUUCUGAAGCCAGCCACCUCUGCAGACCCUAAAAGAAAGGCCAGGCCCAGAGGCGCCGCCAUGGGGCUUCAGCUGUCCUGCCUGAAAGGCUUUAAAAUGUGUGGCGGUAGCCAUGACGAGGCCCCCGUCCUGAGCGACAAGCACCUGGACGUGCCCAACAUCAUCAUCACCCCCCCGACCCCCACGGGCAUGAUGCUGCCACGGGACUCCAGGCAGACAGUCUGGCUGGAUGAGACAGGGUCGUGCCCAGAGGAUGGAGAAAUAGACCCCGAAGCCUGAGGAGGAGGCACAGGUCAGAGACUGUCCUGCUCCAGGGGCCCCCAACCCCACAUGUCCCUGGGGGCGUGGCUGCCCGGGACAGAUGCGCUGAGCACGCCGGACCCUGGAGGGGAAAACGAAAGAAUCCGGCACCUGACCAGCUGCAAUGUGGCAAGAAGAGCAAGGAAUCAGCCGGCCCUGCCUGCAUGCAGAGCCAAGUUUCCCGGGCCCCGCUGAGCUGACCAGACCUCUCACGCCCACACGGUCAUGGUGACGGCCACCGGGGUGGAGGGAGAGGCUUUCUCCUGGACAAACGUACCCUCCCUGAGCCCUGGGCCACACAGUCGGGUGUGCAUGAAGUCAACACACGCAAGAACUUGCAGAGGAGUGGCUCCGUUUUUUACAAGUUGUUUUACAGAUAUCAAAACAGUCCAGAAAGUGAUUUAUAAUUCCUUUUUUGCAUUAUAAAUAAAGGUCAUCUGUAACAAACAGUGAGCCCUGCUUCUUGGGCUGGGCAGAGACGAUGGAGCGCACGCAGGUACAGAGGUGAAGAGAAUCGCUU